AUGCGAGCUUUCUUUCUCAUCAAGGGAGGGAUUGAGGACCCAUGUCAAGGGAGAGACUGCUCUGUAUGUCAGUGUCUUCCUGCCAAAGGUGCACGGGGUGCUCCAGGGAAGCCGGGCCAGCAAGGCCCCCGGGGACCAAUGGGACCAUGGGGACGUGAAGGGCUACCUGGAGAGAAAGGCAGGAGGGGAGCAGAGGGAUCACAUGGCCCAGAGGGGCCCAAAGGAGCCCGUGGCCACCCUGGAGCAGGUGGUGAGCCUGGCUUGCUGGGAGUGGAUGGCUGUAAUGGGACAAAAGGUCAACCAGGAUUCCCUGGUGUUCCUGGGUUGGAUGGUCUCCAUGGGCCACCAGGAUAUCCUGGACCUAAAGGAAUUAAAGGAGAACCUUUGUAUAGUGCUUUCCUCCCAGGACUUCCUGGAAGGCAAGGAGGCGUUGGGCCGAAGGGCCCUUCUGGCCCUCCUGGCCCUCCUGGACCUGAGGGUGAGCAAGGCAGACCUGGCCCACAAGGACCAGAAGAAGUAAUAGAAUUUCCUCCAGACUUUCUCCCACCCAAAGGUGACAAGGGGGACCAAGGCCUUCCUGGACCUUGUGGACCAAAGGGCAUAAUCGGAAGUAGAGGAGACUACUCCUACGGUCCACAAGUUAAAGGAGAGCAAGGAAUCCUUGGUUUUCCUGGAAAUCGGGGUCCUCCAGGAUUUCCUGGUAGAGAUGGACCGCCAGGACCUGAGGGUUACCCAGGAGAUGCAGGUCCCCCCGGUCCCCUGCACUAUCAUAAUGGAAGUGAUGUCAGAGGUGCUAAAGGUGACCGUGGGUAUCCUGGAACACCCGGACUCCCAGGUGACCCUGGUUUAAGGGGCAUGCAUGGACCUCCUGGCCCACCAGGGUUAACAAUCCCAGUGGAGCCUGGUCUGCCUGGUCCACGAGGGCACCCUGGUCCCAAAGGCUACAAGGGAGAGCCAGGGUAUGGCGACAUUACAAUCGGUCCGUUUCCUGGACCAAAAGGAUCUAAAGGACACCGCGGACCUAAAGGUGCCAAAGGCCUCCCAGGUCCUCCAGAUUACUACUGUGAGCCUGGUUUCCCAGGGGACCCUGGUGAUGUAGGACCCAAAGGAUCUCCUGGAAACAAAGGACUUAAAGGAAUUAAAGGUUGUCCAGGGGAAUGUAGAUGUCGGACUGGUGGUCAAGGCCCCCCUGGACCACCUGGUUAUACAGGAGCUCCAGGGUUACCUGGACCUCAAGGGCUUAAGGGAGACCCAGGACUGAAAGGAGAUGAGGGUCCAAGAGGGCCAGACGGCUUUCAAGGAAUUCCUGGUUUAAAAGGACAGAAGGGUCAAAAAGGUGACUCUUUUGUAGUAGGUGUUAAAGGUGCCAAGGGUAACCAAGGAGUCCCUGGACACCCUGGUCCUCCUGGACCAACUAGUAGGCCAGGACGGGAUGGCCCCCCUGGCCCUGCAGGAGAUCCUGGGCCACCGGAUCACCUGGUCCCAAAGGGCACCCUGGUGUUACUGGACCCAAAGGGAUUCCAGGGCUUGCAGGCCCCCCAGGUCCUGGUUUUCCAGGCUCAAAGGGGUUACCUGGACCGAAAGGAAACCAGGGACGUCCUGGCCACCCAGGAACUCCUGGACGAACAGGCCCUCCAGGGGAAACUGAGCCAUGUUGUGAUGACGAGAUUGGAUCACCUGGUCCUAAGGGUGAGCCAGGGUUACCAGGUAAGUCUUAGAGGGUUUCCAGGUGCGCCUGGAAGAGAUGGUCUCCCGGGACCUCAGGGACAUCAAGGCCCUAAAGGCAUGAAAGGAGAUGAUGCUGUAACUGGAGGGAUUGGACUGGCAGGACCUCCAGGUAUUAAUGGGGAGCCAGGUGACCCUGGUCCCAGUGGAAUUAGUCUGGAUGGCCCUCAAGGCCUUCCUGGGUUACCGGGACACCCAGGCAGAAAGGGUGCCCCAGGGGAUGUCUUUUCUGACAGCCCGGGUGCUCCAGGCCCACCUGGACUCCCUGGGACUGUUGGGCCAAGCGGACCUCGUGGCAUUCCUGGAAGCCCAGGGUCUCCAGGUGCACAAGGCCGACCAGGAAGACCAGGACAUAAAGGGGAGCCAGGACACAGUGGUGACCCUGGGGCCACUGGUCCCCCAGGCCCACCCUGUACUUCAUGUGACCUGAAAGGAAUUGCAGGUCCUCCAGGACCUCCAGGAAACCCUGGAUGGAGGGGCGUACCAGGCUACAUUGGUCAGAAGGGUUCUAAGGGAGAUAUAGGUCCACCUGGUCGUGGACAAAGGGGUCCACAAGGUUUUCCUGGCCCUCCCGGUUUGCCGGGCCCAGCUGGGCCGAGAGGCACCCCUGGCCCUUCAGGAGAUCCUGGAAUAGACGGCUGGCCGGGACAGAAAGGUGAAAAACUGGCUCUGAAAAAGGUGAAAACGGCUACCCUGGCAGGGCUGGGGCCAGAGGUUUACCAGGUCGUCCUGGACCUCCGGGACCCAGAGGUAAACAGGGAGAGAGGGGCUUUAAUGGUCGCCCAGGUGAAACAGGAUACCCAGGAAUUCCUGGUAAUAAAGGCUCAAAGGGCCCAAGGGGAGUGCCGGGUGAUUCAGGGCCUGAUGGCCGGCCUGGUCUUCCAGGGUUUAAAGGCAGCACUGGUUCUCCAGGCAGGGGGGGAAUACCAGGACCUCCUGGGUACCCUGGAAUCAAGGGUUUCCCUGGUUCAAGGGGAUAUAUUGGACAUGUUGGAGAUUCGGGAGAUCCAGGGUCUACAGGAUAUCCAGGCAACCCAGGUGAGCCAGGACCAUCUUAUGGACAACCUGGUCAACCUGGACCCAAAGGAUUGCGAGGCGAGGAUGGACCCAGUGCACCCAGAGGAAGGCCAGGACAUCCAGGUGACCCAGGACCCCGUGGAAGACCAGGACAGCCGGGACAACCAGGCAUUAAUGGUGAACCAGGGAGACAAGGAGGAUCAGGCUUCCCUGGGCCUCGUGGCCCAUCAGGUCGUCCAGGUGCCCCAGGUAUUCCAGGUGAUCAUGGAGGUUUGGGACCACCAGGCCCACCUGGCUCACAUGGGCCCCCAGGCAUCGAUAUCCCUGGCCCUCCUGGACCAGAUGGUUUUCCUGGAGCCAAAGGUCUCAGGGGCCACCCAGGGCCUCCAGGAGCCAUCUAUCCUGGCCCUAAAGGUCAGCCGGGCCCACCUGGCAACACAGUAUAUGCUCUUUGAUGAGAUGUUAAACUUCUCUGGAUUUCUUCCCUCAGGUCUUCCUGGUUUCCCAGGCGAACCUGGUUACCCUGGCAGAGAAUGCCAUACACCUUUCCCAGGACCUGACGGAGAUAUAGGGUAUGGAGGACGUCCAGGACCCCCAGGUCCUCCUGGACAACCAGGUCCUCCAGGCGGCAGCAUUUUAUACAAAGGAGACCCAGGCCCAGUUGGUCUCCCUGGGUUACCAGGUCGUAAGGGAAGUAAGGGCCUCCCAGGACCUCCUGGAUCUCAGAGCUACCCAGGCUAUGCAGGACCAAAAGGUGAGAGAGGUCCUGCUGGUCCCAGCGGAUAUCCAGGACCCAAAGGCCAGAGAGGUGUCCCUGGGGGUGUUGGCCGCAAGGGUGUAACUGGCCCACCCGGAGACAUAGGUGCCAAAGGUGCUCCUGGUGAUUCCAUCAGUGGAAUCCCAGGGGUGUUUCUCAUCGGGCUUCCAGGACCACCUGGUUUCCCAGGACCUGUGGGAAUCCCUGGCGAUGUGGGUCCUCCUGGGACUCCAGGACAGAAGGGUCCUGCAGGGAUUGUGGGCCCCCCUGGACCCCCAGGUCCUGCUGGUCAUAAUGGUCCUGCUGGAGACCCAGGAGAUGUUGGUCAACAAGGAUUUACCGGAGCUCAAGGUAUUCCAGGUCCACCUGGAGAUCCAGGUCCACCAGGCCAUAGGGGGGCGUUGACGUCAGGCUACCUUCUGGUUGUCCACAGCCAGUCAGUUGAGGUGCCACGGUGCCCUGAAGGCAGCAGUCAGCUUUGGGUGGGCUACAGUCUUGUCUACUUGGAGGGACAAGAAAAGGCUCACACUCAAGAUCUGGGUCAGGCUGGCUCCUGCCUCCCUGUUUUCUCCACCAUGCCUUUCUCCUACUGCAACAAAGCCGCCUGUUACUACUCUAGUCGCAAUGACAAAUCCUAUUGGCUCUCCACCACCGCUCCCAUUCCCAUGAUGCCACUCUUUGGCCAGGAGAUUAUCUCCCACAUCAGCCGCUGUGUGGUGUGCGAGACAGUUUCGCCCGCAGUGGCGUUUCACAGCCAGGAUCACACGGUCCCUGCAUGCCCACCUGGCUGGAGGAGUCUGUGGACGGGAUACUCUUUCCUCCUGCACACAGGGGCAGGUGAUGAAGGCGGUGGCCAGUCUCUGGCUUCUUCUGGUAGCUGCCUUAAGGAUUUCCGGACUCACCCCUUUAUAGAGUGCCAGGGUGCGCGUGGUUCCUGUCACUACUUUGCCAACCUCUACAGCUUUUGGCUGACUACUAUUAGUCAGACAGAGCAGUUUAUCGUCCCGAGACCUGGCACCAUCAAGGCAGCCGACCGCCAGCGCAGCAAGGCCAGUCAGUGUCAUGUUUGCCUCAGACAAAAAUAA